AAAAAACAUUAGUUACUUAAUUAAUCAAUGAGUUUUGGCUUUAGGCAUGAACGGUGAAGCACAUCAGCAUAUCACUCUCUGAAGUUUUGGAGUUUAUAUAACUUGCACUCAGUUCAGGAUGGAAUUAGAAGCUGAAGAUGAAGAGUGGGAAACUAGACAACAGAUGUCACAGCCUAAUGCUAAUAACAGUGGUGGCAAGGUGAAUUGGGUUUUCAACAGAGGAAUCAGGCUGGGAAAACAGGUCUUAAUGGCUGGUCUUGUAGCAUCUUCUGCCCCUUUGGUUCUUCCACCUCUUGUAGUUGCUUCUGCUAUUGGCCUCACUGUUUCUGUACCUUAUGCUUUCUUCUUGGCUAGCCAUGCUUGCACUCAGAAUUUGAUGAGCAAGUUGCUUCCUAGGCCAGACAUUGAAAUUUUAGACAUAAACAAAGAAACACCCCUCAAGGGUAGUGAAGAAAAUAGAGAUACUGAAAUGGUUGAUGCACAAUAUAUGAAGAAUGGGGAAAAUAUUACAUCAGGGAAUGACUAUGGACAAGGGGUUGUUGAGGUUGCUCCAGAACUGUCACAUUCACAAGAUGUCAAUGAUGUCUUUCAGCAGAAUGGCUGUUGCUGUGACAACAAUGACAAUUUUUGUGAGGGGGAGGAGGAGAAAGUGCGGUUGCGAGAGCAUGAUAAUGUGAAACUUGGAGCUGCAAUAGAUGGUGGAAUGGAAGGACACCUAGGAGGGGAAAUUAAUGAGGAGCAACCAAUGAAUGAGGGUAAUGGAGUGGUAACAACAAUUGAGGGCCUUGAUGAGAUUGGCAGUGAAAUUGAAAAUUUUGAGACACCCUUCCAGGUAUCAAUUGUUUUAGAGGAAUGUGAGGAUCAAGUGAAAGAGGGUGACAUAGAGGAAGAAGAGUUGCAAAGAGAAACAAAGGGGCUGCUAGAAAAAAUUAGAGAUGAGGGUAGAAUUGAUAGAGAAGGAGAUGAAAGUGAUCAAGAAAUUGGACUAGUUAUAGACAAUAUGGAGGUAGCACAGGAAGAGAAACAUGGUUGGGAAACUGAAGGAAGAGUGAGAAAUGAAGAAGAUCCAAAAGUGUGUGAGGAGAUGGUUCAGUCAAGAAAUGAUGGUGAUUAUGUGGAUUCUAUAUGCAUUGAGGUGGAAAUAGAAUCAAGUGAACCUGUAAGCAGUUUCUUAGAAGGAGAAGAGUUUAACAAUACAAAUGGCUCCCAGAAGCCAAUGGCUGAACAGUAUGAGAAAAUUCAAGUUGAAUCAAUUGGAGGUUUGGUGAUGGAAAUGAAGGUUCAUGAUACUUCAGUAACUGAGGUUUCAUCUGAGGUUACCGGCGGAAAAGCUGAUGCGCACACAAUUUUUGAAGAGGAACUGAAGCCUCUAUUGGGUGGUCCUACUGCAAUGCAAAAAGGGGAGUUGUACAGUAACAUUUCUGAUUUUGUAAGUCAAGAAUCUCAGUUGCAUGAAUAUAUUGAAGGUAUGGACUCAUCAGAUGCAGAUGCUAGAGAAAUUGCAGAUGAAAGUGGGCUUCACUUGUAUGAUGAAAAAAUAUUAGACUCUGAUGUGCACACUUGUACAAUCGAUUUGCAAGAAGAACCUUCAAAUGUUAGGGUUGAUGGGGAUACAGAUUCGAUGGAGGUUCUUGUUUUGUCUGCAGAACCAGAGUCUAGGCCAUCUGAAUGUUCCUCUGAAGAAAACAUCAUCUGCCCUUCUCAAGAGCUUGUAUUCGAUGAGGGAAACGUUUGGAAACAAAUUAAUGCUAUCCGGAAGAUAAUAGGAUAUGAAGGUACAGCCCAAGCAUCAUGUGCAGAUGAGUUGAAGGCUCUCUACAUUUUCACUGGAGUAGAGCCCCCAACUUUUCUCAAGCAGAACUUGUGCGACCCUGCUGAAAUCAAUGAAAAGCUCCACUUCCUCAUGUCCAUAGUUGGAAUCAAGUCAAAUAUGGCUUAAAGGGUGACACAUUCGCAUGUUAUUUUCUACAUUAGUCAGUGUGUUUUUUCCUCUCUAGAUUUCCUUAUGUUCAGAAAUUAAUGCAAGCUGAAUUGCAGAUUAUAAUGAUGUAUUAUUAUCCUUUUGAUUUCGUUCGUGUAUGUAUUACAAAAACGGAGCAAUUUAGAACAUCAAAUAGUAUUACAAAAACUGUACAAAAACUGUACAUUGCUCCUCACACUAAGUAAUGGAGCAAUUUAGAACAUCAAAUAGUAUUACAAAAACUGUACAUUGC